AAAUUUUAACGGUUGCUUGUCGGCUAUCAGUGUCCCUUUAAUAACGCUAAACUGUCGUGGCAAACGUUAUUUAAGAAACUCCAAAAACUAUACAAAUACAUUUUUUAUGUUGAUUGAUUAUUUAGUUGAUUGAGAAGGAAAAUAAGAGAACGUGACGAAUGUGCGCAAGCCCUGGCGCCAUAAAUAUUUUCCUUUAAAAAACUCGAUUCUCUUAAAUUAUUCCUACGUUACGCAAAAUUUGCUUUUUAGCAUGUCUCAUUUAAAAUAUAUGAAGGAGUUAAAUAAUUUAACAAGAAUGGAUGAGGCAAUUAAAGGGCCUGUGCCUAGAUGGCAAAAAAAAUGCUUAGAGUCCUCGAAUUCUUCAAGUUCUAAUCUUGGUUUGAACACUUCACGAAAAGCUAUGAGUACUUCAAUAACAAGUAACAGUAAUACGAGUAUAGGUAAAACUCCUAAAAAAGGAGUAGAAAUUCGCAAUUCAAAAAAGACGCCGUUAAAGGGUAGCAAAAAAUCACCAAGCCGAUCAACAACACCAGCAAAAACUCCAUGCGGAGGAGACAGAUUUAUUCCUGCAAGAUCCACCACUAAUUUUGAAUUAGGAUAUUAUAAGCUGCAGCAACAAAAUACAGAGCAAGAAGGGAAUAAAACAGAAUGUUCUAGUCCUUCCAAACGUGAAAUGCAGCGAUUAAUUGGAGAAAAUUUGCACGGUGGAGAUGUUAAUAAUAUGAGAGUAUUAUCUUAUCAAAAUAAAGCACCAGCCCCACCAGAAGGAUAUCAAAAUCCUUUAAGGGUAGUGUACAGCCAAACUAAAACCCCAGCCAGCGUCAAGUCUUCGACAAGAUAUAUACCACAAGCGCCUGAUCGUAUAUUAGAUGCACCUGAAAUUGUCGAUGAUUAUUAUUUGAAUUUAGUUGACUGGUCAGCGAGUAAUAUUCUUGCGGUAGCUUUAGGAUCUAAUGUUUAUUUAUGGAAUGCCGGAAGUGGAACGAUAGAGCAACUUUUUGAAUUAGAAGGUAAUGACUAUGUGUGCUCGGUCGCUUGGAUCCAAGAAGGACCUUAUUUAGCUGUAGGAACCACAGUAGGAAAUACUGAAUUAUGGGACUGUAGUCAAAUGAAAAGAGUUCGAGUGAUGGGUGGACAUUCGGCAAGAGUUGGUUCUCUUUCAUGGAAUUCACAUAUAUUGACAAGUGGUUGCAGGGCAGGUCAAAUUGUACACCAUGACGUAAGGCAACGAGAACAUCUUGUUUCUACAAUAAAUGCACAUGCUCAAGAAGUUUGUGGCUUAAAAUGGUCGAUUGAUGGAAAGUAUUUAGCAAGCGGAGGAAAUGAUAAUAUGCUACAAAUUUGGCCUUGUAUGGCUGGUCAAAAUUAUUCUCACGCCCAACCAAUAUAUUCUCUUAAUCAGCAUCAAGCUGCUGUUAAAGCUCUCGCUUGGUGCCCAUGGCAAAAUCAUAUUUUGGCAAGCGGUGGAGGUACAGCGGACAGAACUAUAAGGUUUUGGAAUUGUAAUACAGGUGCAUGUCUAAAUACAAUUGAUACCAAAUCUCAAGUUUGUUCCUUACUCUGGUCAACCACUUACAAAGAAAUAGUAUCAGGACACGGAUAUGCUCAGAAUCAACUUACAAUUUGGAAAUAUCCAGCUAUGAAUAAAGUAGCUGAAUUGACAGGACAUACGAGUCGAGUAUUGCAUCUUGCCAUGUCACCGGAUGGGACCACGGUACUUAGUGCUGGAGCAGAUGAGACAUUGAGACUAUGGAAAUGCUUCCAACCAGAUCCUCACAAAAAAAAGGAAACAACCGAAGUUAAAUCUGUUGCAUCGCGCUUAAAACAGUGUAUUAGAUAGGACUAAUUUUACAAAUUAUAUUUUUAAUACAGUUUGUUUUAUACGUUAAGUGACUUUUUUUAUUUUUUUUUAUUCUGUAUCUGUACUCUGUGAGUUGUAAUAUAUUUUUUGCUGAGAACGAAGACUUGUAAUUACGACGGGUAAUCUGUAUUAUAAGGUAGUGACCACGAACAAUUUUAUUAAUGUAUUAUU